AAAUAAAAUUAUCGAAAGUUUCAAAAAUAAAAAAAAUUCUAAUCAUAUGUGAAUAUUAUUUUUAGGUUUACGUGGCGACAAAACGGAUUGCGGAGAUUUUGGUCAGAGAAACUGGCAAAAGAAUCCAGAAUACUCAGUAAAUUUAACGACUGGAAGGUACCACUGUCCUGCAUGCAACUGGAGUUACACUCGUAGAGAUUCAAUGCUCGCGCACUAUCGAUAUGAGUGCGGAAAGCCGCCACGGUUCAAGUGUCCCUACUGUCAUCUGUGUAGCAAAAAAACAUCAAACGUUUACCAGCACGUGAGAUCCCUGCACCCUAACGAACCGGUGACGCUGGUUAAAUUGUAUUAACACCCUUAUUUUUCCAUCAACUACAAUUCUAAUUAACUGUUAAAUUUUUAAAUUUAUGUAAUUUAAUAACAUAUAUAAAUCUAAUAGCCAACCAAAUGUAAUUAUAAUGAAAAUAUUAAAUAAGAUAAUUUUAUAAAAAAUUUAACAUCAGCUAAAUUUUUUACCCGAGCGUGAAAGACCGAGGACGAUAAUUAAAAUAAUACUAAUUAUUAGUUAUCGAUGAAUGAAAACCAAGUGUCCUUUUUGUUCCUGCUAGAUGAUUUAUAAAUUAAGUGUCAAGUGUGCUGAUAAAUAACACGGUUAUUUUUUUGUCUGACACUUGAACAGAUAUCCUGCCGUCGCUGAUGAUGAACGUAAAACGCCGUCAGCAGCAGAACAUCGUCGGCGGCAGGUCUGGGUACUCAGUGUUGCCUCUGAUGAAGAACUUGGCGUCAAUGUGGAUGGUCAAACAGCGGAGCCAAUUUUCGUAUCGCUGUGACCAGUGUGGCAAAGGCUACCAGCAUCGCGCGACCCUAGUGAGGCACACGAGACACGAGUGUGGGAAAGAGCCGCAGUUCAAGUGUCCGUACUGUGCACACCGGACUAAGCAGAAGGGAAAUCUCUAUCAGCAUAUACUGAUGUGGCCGAAUUACCAUCAUCAGUAUCCGCGAGUGGAGACUUACCCGCUGAGAUCUAUCAGCGGCAUGCGGAUGAUCGGGAACUCGCGGCGAGCAAAUAACCAGGGGUGUCUUGACAAGAGACCCGGGUGUUAUUACUGCCCGAAGUGCGGCAAAGGGUACCGAUGGCUGAGGAACAUGAAGAACCAUCUGAAAGUCGAGUGCGGAAAAGACCCCACCGAAUUCUGCCCCUACUGCCCUCACAAAACGAGAUACAAACGGAGCCUACAGAAACACAUUCUCAGAAUUCACUCCUCUUAAUUAAGAUGUUUUUUUUUACGAUAAAUAAAUAAUUGUAACGCUGACAAUACAACCGUACUAUAUAACACGACAAUUUGAUUUUUUUAUUACAAUUAUUACGAAAAAGUAAAUUUUAUAAAUAAGUGAAUAAUUUCUUUAAUCUGUUUUCGCAACUAUAAUAAUGCUUCACUAUUUAUCUUUCUUAGAUAGUAAUUGUAAGAUAUGUAAGUGUUGCAGCUGACAAUUAUUUAACUGACUAAUAAAUUUUUUUGAUUUUAGGUAACUCGUAUACGUGCGAUUUGUGCGGAAGAGUAUUUACGUGGAUCGCGAGUCUGCGUCUUCAUAAAA